GACGGUAGUCCGCCUCUCAUUCAAGGCGCCCUCCUCUGAUCGGAGAUCAACAAAUCAGAUUCAACCCUAAUAACCUCAAAUCCCCAAUUUUCAUCUGAUAAUUUUCCAAUCGAUCUCAUGCGAUUACCCUAAACCAAAGCGCCCCAAGAGAUGUAUAGCAAUUUCAAGGAGCAAGCCAUAGAGUACGUCAAGCAGGCCGUGCAAGAAGAUAAUGCCGGUAACUAUGCCAAGGCCUUCCCUCUCUAUAUGAACGCGCUCGAGUACUUCAAAACCCAUUUGAAGUACGAGAAAAACCCUAAAAUCAGGGAGGCGAUCACCCAGAAAUUCACCGAGUACCUUCGACGCGCAGAGGAGAUCCGGUCUGUUCUUGACGAAGGGGGUCCCGGACCCGCCUCCAAUGGGGACGCCGCUGUUGCUACCCGACCCAAGACCAAGCCUAAAGAUGAAGGUGGAGACGGGGAGGAGCAGUCCAAGCUUAGGGCUGGCCUCAAUUCCGCUAUUAUUAGGGAGAAACCUAACGUGAAGUGGAACGAUGUGGCUGGGUUGGAGAGCGCCAAGCAGGCGUUGCAGGAGGCUGUCAUAUUGCCCGUCAAGUUCCCCCAAUUUUUUACGGGCAAGAGGCGACCUUGGAGAGCUUUUCUAUUGUAUGGGCCACCAGGGACUGGGAAGUCAUAUUUGGCCAAAGCUGUAGCUACUGAAGCUGACUCUACCUUUUUCAGUGUUUCAUCAUCAGAUCUUGUCUCAAAGUGGAUGGGUGAAAGUGAAAAGCUGGUUUCAAACCUUUUUCAGAUGGCUCGUGAAAGUGCUCCCUCCAUCAUAUUCGUUGAUGAAAUAGAUUCCUUGUGUGGCCAGCGUGGGGAAGGAAAUGAAAGUGAAGCUUCAAGACGUAUCAAAACAGAACUACUUGUACAGAUGCAGGGUGUGGGAAACGAUGACCAGAAAGUUCUCGUUCUUGCAGCAACGAAUACUCCCUAUGCUCUGGAUCAGGCUAUCCGGAGGCGUUUUGACAAGCGCAUUUACAUUCCUCUCCCAGAUUUGAAGGCGCGACAACAUAUGUUCAAAGUACAUUUAGGUGAUACCCCACAUAAUUUGACUGAAAGUGAUUUUGAAGCCUUAGCUCGCAAGACAGAGGGAUUUUCAGGCUCAGAUAUAUCUGUUUGUGUUAAGGAUGUUCUCUUUGAACCCGUUCGUAAAACCCAAGAUGCCAUGUUCUUUUUCAAGACAGCUAAUGAUAUGUGGAUGCCAUGUGGCCCAAAGCAACCGGGUGCUGUCCAAAUCAGCAUGCAGGAACUUGCCACAAAAGGACUUGCAGCAAAGAUCCUUCCACCUCCUAUUAGUAAAGCAGAUUUUGAUAAGGUGCUUGCUAGACAGAGGCCGACGGUAAGCAAAGCUGACCUUGAGGUCCAUGAGAGAUUUACAAAGGAGUUUGGAGAGGAAGGGUGAUGGAUUUUAUGAAAUUAUGUCCCAUUGAUGGGCACUAGUCGUGAGUGCAGUCGCUGUAAUUUGUAAUUUAUCCAUCGCUGCUUGAUCCCGCAAAUCAGUUCGUUCUAUUUAGCAUCUUCAAAAAGGGAAACUUCCCUUUUCCUGUAUUCCAAUGGGACAGAAGCUUGAUACUUAAUUGAAUUGCAUGUCUUUCUUGUGUAAAGAAGAGUUUCAGAAAAUUAUUCUCUUAAGAAUAUCUUAUGAAUAUGAUUUGCCCUUGUUUCAGCCUAAUUGAUAGGCAAGUU